CGUGGGACGGGUCCCGGGCAGUGUCGGGGGCUCGGGCCGGGGACGCUCCGGCUGCGCCAUCCCGGGCGGGCCGUGCCAGACUCGCCCUGCCCUGAUCCCCUCGGACGGGGCAGGGCUGGUGCUGCUGCUCCCUGGGAGCCCCUGUGGUUCUUUGCAGACACUCCAAGGAGCCGGGUUCUGAGGAAUCCAGGCUGGCAGGGAUUCCCUGGACUGCCCUUUGCCCGCAGGGAGAGCAGCGCUGUCAUCCCAGCACGUGGGGAUGGGGUGACUCACGGACAAACUGGAGCUUCAGGGAGGAGGGAAAUGAAAAGCAGGGCUCGGAGGACUUGAGAGCCUUUGUGAUGCUGUUAAAUGCCAGCUGAGUGUGUCACCCCUGGGGCACAGCCAGUUCACAGAAGCUUGUAAAGCAAAGUCGCUGUGAGGUUCUGUCCAAGGCUUUCUAAGAAGACAUUUAUAAUCUGCUUUUCCUGUUUUAUGUGCAGCUAUUCAUCCUGAAGGAACAUAACCCUGCUGCUUCAGUGGCUGGAAGGAGUGGCUCAUCCCCCCUCCUUCGUGGCUGUGGUGCCCACCCUGGGACAGGGCAGGGGGGAGAAGCAGCAGGACGUGUUUGUGCUUCCCUGACCUUGCCCAAGGGAACAGGAUGGAUGGCAGGGAGCGGGACCAGAAGAAGGUUCCAGCAGCAUCUGAGUCUCUUCUUUAAAGAGAAGUUCCAGCAUCAAGGAGGCUGAAAAGCCAAAAACACCCAAAAUGGAAGGAGGAAACAGCCCUGGUGUGCAGCUCCAGCAGGUCCUGUUGGCCACAGCAGCAGUUUCUGUGCAGCCACACACAGACUCCUUCUCCUACAAGGAGAACUUGAUUGGGGCACUUCUGGCUAUUUUUGGGCAUCUUGUCAGCAGCAUUGCCCUCAACCUCCAGAAAUACAGCCACAUCAGGCUGGCAGGCUCCAAAGACCCCCGGGCCUACUUCAGAACCAAGACGUGGUGGAGUGGGUUGCUGCUGCUGGUGCUGGGAGAGCUGGGGGUGUUCUCCUCCUACGCCUUUGCUCCUCUCUCCCUGAUUGUGCCUCUCAGUGCAGUGUCUGUUGUGGCUAGUGCAAUCAUAGGAAUUAUAUUUAUUAAAGAAAAAUGGAAGCCCAAGGAGUUUUUGAGGCGCUACGUGCUGUCCUUUGUCGGCUGUGGCCUGGCAGUGGUUGGCACCUACCUGCUGGUGACAUUUGGACCCAACAGCCACGAGAAGAUGACAGCAGAGAACAUCACCAGGCAUUUAGUGAGCUGGCCAUUCCUGCUCUACAUGCUUGUGGAGAUCAUUGUUUUCUGUCUGCUCCUGUAUUUUUACAAGGAGAGAAAUGCAAACUACAUUGUCAUUAUCCUCCUGCUGGUGGCUUUGCUGGGUUCCAUGACCGUGGUGACAGUGAAGGCGGUGGCUGGGAUGUUGCUGGUGUCCAUCCAGGGCUCCCUGCAGCUCGACUCCCCCAUCUUCUACAUCAUGUUGGUGUGCAUGGUGGCCACUGCCGUCUACCAGGCCACGUUUUUAGCCCAAGCCUCCCAGCUCUAUGACUCAGCUCAGAUCUCCAGCAUUGGCUACAUCCUGUCCACCACAGCAGCAAUCUCAGCAGGAGCAACUUUUUACCUGGAUUUCAUGGGUGAAGAUGUUCUCCACAUUUGUAUGUUUGCACUGGGGUGCCUCAUAGCGUUCCUGGGAGUGUUCCUGAUCACCAGGAAUAGGAAGAAGCCUGUUCCCUUCGAGCCCUACAUCUCCAUGGAUGCCAUGCCAGGCAUGCAGAACAUGCACGACAAAGGGGUGGCAGUGCAGCCUGACCUCAAGGCCUCCUUCUCGUACGGCGCCCUGGAGAACAACGACAGCAUGCCAGAGAUCUACGCCCCGGCCACGCUGCCCAUCGUGCAGGAGCAGCACGGGCCCAAGGGCGCCUCUGCCCCGCCCUACAGGGUCCUGGAGCACAGCAAGAAGGAGUGAGUGACCUUCAAGGACCUGUGGGGGUCCUCAGGAGUCUGACCUUUAUUUAUUGACCUGUUCAAAUAAGCAUAAAGCUCUUGCUCUAGAGGAGUUUCAAGCUCCUCUCGAGCUGGACUUUCCAGGCUGAUGAUUAAAAUAAACAACCCUCUCUAGUUGGGAAGUUGAAAGCUCUUGGCAGGAAGCAGAUCCCAGUUGUGCAUGGAAUUCUGCUGGCUGGGAGUGUGGAUGAUGGAAUGGUGAGAGAGGAGAUGCUGUGGAAGAGAAGUGACUGUGCAGUUUUCAGCCCUGCUGGGAGUGGUUUUAUCUCCAGACAAGUGUUCAGGAGCUGCUCACAAAGAGAGGAGCACAGGAUUUAAUCUUGCAUUUACAGGGACUGUGACAGAUUUCCAGGAAGGCUCUAAAUCCUGGUGUGACCAUGGGGCUCUCCUGACACAGCAAUAAAUGGAAUUGUUUUGAAGCACUGACACUGGAACUCGCUGUGUCUUUAGAGCAGCAGCACUGGUGAGAGUGAACACUUUAUCCCUUCAAACCACGAAUUUUGGGCACUUCUGGUGUUGAACACAAGCACUGGGGAUGGGGGUUGUUUUUAGAGCACCACUGGAUUAUAUGGCUUAGAACAAAGAUUAUUUGCCAGUUUUCUGAUUUCAUAGCAGGAGCUUCAAGUUGGAUUAAAUGGUGCAGAGGGAGCACUGUAAAGGAUGAGGACAAGGAGAAACGAGAAUGGUGUGACUGUAUCUGGUGGAGAAUUUAUGUAAUUUUGGACAAAAUCUGAAUUCUUUAUCACGUUUAUUUAUUUUCUUUCUGAUUGAGGCACGAUUUCCAACUUUAGUGGCCCCAACUACUUAAAUCUGUUGAAGUUCCUUAGUUCAAAAGCUCAGUUUAGGUGAUGUAAGCUGAAAUCCUCCCCCUUUUUUCUUUUAAGAAAAGGAAAAACAAUACUUGUCUACCCUUGUGGGUGACCUAAGGAGAGAAGCUGCUCAGCCCAGCACUCACUGAGGCCUGUGAGGAUAAGGGAGCUUUGUGUACUUUGAUAUUUAUCUUUCCAGCUUUCCAGGAGAUGGCCAGGAGCUGAUACUGAGGGAGAAUGGACACAGGGGGGAAAUGGGGAACUGUGGAGUGAGGAGGACAAAGUACAACACUCACUGGUUAUCCUGGCACUUUGAUAGCACUGGCUGCUCUAAAAUUUGGGCUUUUUUCUGGGAAACUGAAUUUUAAAUCUACUCAGUGUGGCUUGGACUGUCUGCACAGUGGAGUCUCCAGGAGCCUGGAACUUUAUUUGAAAGGAAUGGUGCUCGUGUUCUGUGUAUUUUUAAGUGAUUCCCCCAAUACCAGGGAGUUUGGGAUUAUUUUGGAUUUGGAACAAUGUCUUUCUGCAUUUAUUUAUUUUUAUUUGUUAAAUUGACCCAUGGCCAGUUUCUGUUCCCAUUGCCAGAAAUUCCCAACAGCUCCCCUGACCUGUACAUGAUUAUUCCAGGUUCUUGCUGUGAAUGACAACAGAACUGUUCCUUUGCAUUUGUUUGCUUUGCCAGCUCUGCAGACUGAUUCAAUCUAGGCAUGCUUUGGAUUGCUUUGGCAUUUUUGUGCAGCUCACAAAAAUAACCUUCCCCCUGCACAGAGGAGGUGCCCUGGGGCUGUCCCCGGGUUUCUUCACCAGCUGGGCACAAUUCAGAUCUUAUCAGUGGCAUCCCCUGCACUGGAACUUGGAGAACCUCAAGAAAUAACAGCUUUCCUUUCACCCUCAAUGCUUCAUUUGUGAUCAGGCAAGAUAAGGAUGUUAAUGGGCUCCUGCUGCCAGGGCAUUCAUCUUGCUGGGGUGCAGUGGCACUGAUUUACUGCCUUUGGAUGUGGCCAUCGAUUGUUGGUGAAUUUAUGGGUGGCUUUUGUUCAUUAACAAUGAGUGAAGCAGUGCAGGGAGGCUGGAUGGGAAGGGCACAGGAAUGCUGCCUUUCCUUAUCUCUUCCCAUUUCAUCAGCCUGUUCUGACCUCUUGGUUCUGCAGCCACAGAACACAGAGUCUGAAACAAGCUGUGCUACACCACACACUCGUUCCAUGGCAAUAUUCUCUGUGGUUAAUUAAGUGGUAUAAAAUAAUCCAGCAGAAGGGCCUGAAUGUUUGGCUGCUGACAUCAGAUGAGGAUGGCCCUGUGUGUGACAGUGCAGUGGUCCCAGUUCUCAGCAGGGCUGAAGCCCAGAGGUGACUGGAGCACAGAAUUGUUUGUGCCUGGUUUGGGUUUUCCUCCUCAGCACAUCCUGAGAGAUGGGCACUGCCAGGGGACAGAGCUGCUCUCAGUGCCUGUGCUUCCCUUGCUCUCUGGCCUGGCUCAGGGGUGCUCUAAAGUUUUUUUUUGCUCUAAACUCCCCAGUUCUGAGCCCAAUUCCUGCCCCUGCUCCCUGCACAGAGCCCUCAGCCAUUCCCUGAGUGGAACUGCCCCCAGCCAUGAGCUGAGCUUUUGUGUUGUUGUGUAGGGCUUUGGCCCUUUCUUUUCAAAUAUUCUAAAGGCAACUCUUCCUCCAAAGCUUUACAUAACCAUGUUUUAUUUACACAGUCUCUGUGUGCUCAAAUAAUUCUACUUAAUAAUGACAGUUCCCUUUACCUGCAGCCACAGAGAAAUCUCCCUUUGUUUGCUUCUGGAAACUUCCUGCCAAAGGCCUCCACUGGAGGUGGUGUCUGUUUCCCCAGCACAUAAAUCACAAUAUUUUUGAUUAUUGUGCCACAGCAGUGGAGCCUGAGGUGUUCAUGGGCUUCAGCUCUGAUGUAGGGGUGGGACUGAGGGCCUGCACCUCACUCCUGUUUGCUGCUGCUGUUCAACACUGGAAUCUUAAAAUGGGGUUGGUUUUGUUUGGGGUUUUUUAUUUUAUGCACUUCCCUCUUUCUUGCUUUUUCUCCCAAUCUCCCAAAAAGAUGUUAUUUUCUGUUCUUCAGACUAAGAAAAGGCCUGAGCAGGGCCCAGAGAAACCAAGUAUCUUUAAACUUGACUGAAGGAGUUAUGUGCUCUUUGUGGCUCUUUCAGGAGUGAAUUAAACUCCUCACCUCUCUUCUAGUCCAGAGAAGGGUUUUGCACCCUCACACGGAGCUUUUCACAGAGGAUUUGUUAGCCUGAGGUGAGGAUGGCCAUGCCUGGGAUUGCAGUGAAUAUUUACAGCUCAGGAAGGUUUAAAGGAGAGGAGCCCUGUGCCACAUUCCAGGGUGAAGAAUGAUUUAAGGGUUGUACAGCACACUCUGUGAAUGUCAACACCCCAGAUCCCAAAGGGAAGGGAUUUCUCAGCACCAGGAGCUGUCCCAGCACUUUGGUUCAGGAGCAGCUCCUUGAUUCAUCCCCUGGCUUUCUUACCCAGUGUAAAGGGACAUUUCUUGCCUCCACCCUGUGUGGCUUUUCGAUGCACCAGAGCACUUAAACCAUCCUCAGUGUGUAUUUUAUGUGUAACUUAACUCUGGGGAGCACAGCUGAAUGUAUAAAAUGAUCUGCCUGCAACGUUCUCCUGUUCACCUGAAAAUGUGUAAAUAAAUCAAGCUUUACACUCUUGCACUAUAAAGGACAACUGCUUCAUUUUUCACAGGCAGUGUUGCAUAUCUGUUUAAUUCUAUUUGUCUUUCAGGUGAGACAAAUGAAACCAAACUUUGAAUAAAAGAUUGUGGUAAAAUGAAACUUUGAAUAAAAGAUUGUGGUAAAACCGA